AGCUAUACGCAGUUCAACUGAACAGAAUUAUUAUUAUAAUAUUUUGUUUUAACUAAUACAAAAUAAGAGGGUGCCUAGAAGAAUUAGAACUUACAGAUUGUACCACUGACUUUGAAACUCCGGCAGCCAACCUUGCACAGGAAUAUGGGAAACUGUUUGAAGCUGUCGCGCGUUGACAGCCAGCACGAUUAUUCGUUGUUACAUGGGCAUCAGGAGCACGGCGGACACCAUCAUAUGGGGAACAUUCAGCAGGGCUCCGUGUCGGGUGUGGGACCAUCAUCCGGUGCAGUCAAUUCAGCGUCGUCUUUCAGUGGAGCAUCGCCGCGGGAUUCACGAGACUUCCCCAAUUUUUCGUCCGAUGGUAACUCAAACUAUACGAUCUCAUCGGAUCGUGGGGUGCCAGUGGAUGACAGCCAAAUGAAACUUGCCCAGCGCUACGGUUUGAUACAACAUUUACCAACAGGGCUCUACGACGGUGCCAAAAAAGAUCGCGAGUGUCCAAUUUGCAUGGUGGAAUUGAAUUGUGGCGAUCCGGUGCGCUUUCUGCCCUGUAUGCAUGUCUAUCAUAAAGACUGCAUUGAUGACUGGCUCCUGAAGCAUUCGUUAACCUGUCCGAACUGCAUGGAGCCCGUCGAUUCAGCGUUAUUAAAUUCAUAUGAAGUCGGAAAGACGCCAUGGAACUAUGAUUCCGGCUGACGAUAUCAGUCUGUUUUUGUUGGGCUGUGCAGUGAAAAAUCACCUGCAAACACACACACAGAUCUGAAUCACGCGUACGACACCGGUUUGGCAAGGUGGAAAGGGUUACCGAUUAUAUGUAACUGCUUUUUUUGUGGAUCUCAUUUACUGCGUUAUGUCCGCACUUGCUGAUUCUCAUUUCUUGGUUGGGCCGAUUUCGCCGAUGUUGUUCUUUUUCUGAAUUUGACCAGUGUUUGGUCGGAUUGCGAUUUCUUUCUAGCGAUGCACGAUUGGCUUAAAACUAGCGCAACUAGUCCAGUGGGAAGGUUUUAUGUUUUAUCAUUGUGUUUGUUUGCCUCAGCCGCAAAUUAUUUUUGUCCUGUUGUGAUUAUCAGUUGUAUAAUUGUGAUAAAACUUUCGCUGUCCCGA